CCGCGCGCAGUGCUCGUGUUCACUUCCAAUGCUUCCAACGGUGCAGUUUUGGGAAAUAAUUGAGAGGAAUUGUCAGCAGCCUGAGACAGCAAGCCGCGUUCAUUCAUUUGGGAAUGAGUGUGUGAGAGUGUCGAAACAGCAGUAAUGGCAUCAGGGGGAGAAAGCAGCGCUCCUGCAGAGGACGAGGGGGGUGUCCCACUGGACAUUGAUGAUGUACACUUACUCUUGCAAGUGGAACAGGAGCAGAUUCAGAAGAGGACAUUCACAAACUGGAUCAAUGCACAGCUCUCCAAGAGGAGCCAUCCAGCUGUUGUCCAGGAUCUGUUCUCAGAUCUUCGAGAUGGGACUCGACUGCUUGACCUACUGGAGGUGAUGAGUGGCCAGCGCAUGAAGCGUGAGCGGGGUCAUGGUGUGUUUCAGCAGAGAGGCAACGUCGAGACCGCUUUGAACUUCUUGAAGAAUAAAUCAAUCAAGCUGGUGAACAUAAACAUCCCAGACAUCAUAGAGGGGAAACCUUCCAUCAUUCUGGGCCUGAUAUGGACCAUCAUUCUGCACUGUCAUAUAGAGGAGCUAGCCAGCACUCUCUCUUAUGGAUCCCGUUCAUCCUCCCUGGACUCUCUGUCCAGUCUGGAUUCUGUUCCUGGAUCUCCAGGCAGUAGUCCUGUUCCUCGAGGAGCAUCACCGCUCCACACGCGCUUCCGUCUGUCUGCUAAGAAGGCUUUGCUCCUGUGGGUUCGGGACCAGUGCCAGAAAGUUGGUUGCUCAGCCAGUGUGAGGGACUUUAAGUCCAGCUGGAGGAGUGGUGAGGUGUUUCUGGCCAUUCUCUGCUCCCUUAGACCUGAUCUGGUGGACCUCUCUCAAGCGCAGACCAGCAGCCACUGGGAAAACCUGGAGAGGGCAUUUCACCUCGCUGAGAAGGAGCUCGGAAUUCCCAGACUGCUCGAGCCAGAAGACAUUGAUGUCAGUAACCCUGAUGAGAAGUCUAUCAUGACAUACAUUGCUCAGUUCCUGCAGUACUCCAAUGAUCUGCCUGUAGCUGAUGACGAUUUUGAGGCUUCGCCCAGUCAGAAAGCCAGAGAGAUGAAAUGCUGGCUAGAGCGAGCCUAUCAGGAGUUACUGGAGGCGUGGAAUUCCACAGAGGGGAAGGGAUAUGCAGAGAGGUAUCAGGCAUUUCAGAACUUUGUGGGGACUUAUUAUGACCAACGACGUCCAGUUAUUCCACUUCUCAGUGGAAUGAGACGUUGCGCUAAACCAAGUGAGGAGCAGAUGGCACUGAGAAAAGCAUGGGACACCAUGGAGGAGAGGUUACAAGAGUAUAGAACAGAGCUUGAUGUUGGUUUGCCAGCCCCUCUGAACACACUGGGCCGGUGGCUCCAGCAUAUGGAGGCUGUGCUAUCUGAAGACAGCGGGAGCGCUGAAGAUCAUGCACUUGCUUGCAGAGAUGCCAGACUCAAGCAUGAACAGCUGAAGGUUUUGGUUGAGGACUUAAGCCAGCACUUGAACACCCUUCAUCACUACAAUAUCACAGAUGAUGAAGUGCCGGUCGAGAAGCUGGAGGAGAUCAAGAGACGUUUCACCAGUGCCAGAGUGACAGCCAAGUACCACGGCAUCAAGCUACAAUACAGAGAGCAGAUGCACCAUGUCUAUGACCUGCUGGGACAUCUGAAGUCUAAGCUGAUCUUGUGGAGAGGGCCUUACGGCUCCCAGGAGUCUGUUCAGUCUCUGCUACAAGAUUGGCAUGACACUGUUGACAAGCAAGGUCUGGUGUGGAUGUUGAAGGAAGCACUUAAUAAGCUGAAGGACACAGCAGUCAGCUAUACCAACAAAGCAGCUCUGGCAGACGACUCGCCUGUGGUUAACAGGUGGGUAAAAGAGGCAGAUAGUGAGACGGGAGUCAGUACAGAAGCUGCAGAAGCAGUAAGAUCCACCAUGGAGCGUGUUCUGGCUGCAUGGGAGUCCUACAAAGACUGCCUGUAUCUAUUACAGGUCUGGCUGGGGCAGGAGAAAAAAUCAGAGGCUCAAGAGCACAAGCAUUUUUCCUCCAGCCUGAAUGAGUGGAGAUCACGUCAAGCCCAGCUGAAUGAGGUGGGAAACUUUCUCAUUGAGAUGAGUGACGCCUCCACCAGCCACUCUCUGACUGAAGAGCUCCGCAAACUGAACAUGCAGUGGGCUGACUUCAUAAAAAGGACCAAGUUUGCAGUGGCCCCUCAGCCCAUCUCUGCAGUCCCAGGUGUCCAAGCUUCCCUGAUGAGGGAAGCCAGCUGGGUGCUUAGAGAGACAGUUGAGGUGUUAUCUGGACCUCUACGUAUUUACAGAAAGAAACUCCAGGGCAUAACUAAGAAGAUGUCUGAGUUCAAUCUGAACUCUUUGUCUCCAUCUCCAGACUACAAAGAGGAAACUCUUCAGAAAUUCAGACAAACUAUUCCGGAGACACUUGAGACUUUGACCCGGGUGGAUCAGGUGUGCGAGAGACUCCAGAAAGCCGCAUCUCUGCUCGAGGGCAGGCUGGCUGAGCUUGAAAACUGGAGCACGGAAGCCCAAGAGGUCUGCCACCACCUAAAAGAAAGGCAGCAUAGGGGCCACUGGGGGCCACAUUCCAGGGCUAAAGCACUGAUCUCCAGAGGUCUACAGUUGGAAGGACAGGUGGUGACAGAAGGUGAGGACCUGCAGGUGCUUGUGACAUCUGUGCAAAAGAACUCCUCCCUUCCUUACCUCAGCACAUCGGCAAUACAAGACCGACUGAAACAGACGGUCUCACACUGUCAGGAGGUUACUGAGAUGCUCAGUUCUCAUGGAGUGAAGCGUGAAGGACAGCCUGUAGGUGCACAGCCUGCUUCCAAGGUUUUUGUGCAGGCCCAUUCUCAGCCUGAAUCCCAAACUAGAAUCAUUCAACACCAUCAGGAUCAGACGUUCUUCCAAAGCAGCAAACUUUCUCUAGAGAUCCCAGCAGAACCUCAAAACCAAGAACUCCAUUCUUCUCAGCUGCAGUCACAAUUGGAAACCACCAGUGGCAUACAGCCCCAGUUUCUCCCCCAGGUUCAUGAAAAAUCUCCAAAAGCCCAAAGCAAAACUAUAUGCCAAGUACAGCAUGCAGAGCUCAAACAGCCUUUGCUGUCAUCUGUUGUUAGCAGGAAGGCUCAGUUGAAACCCCAAACUGACGUUCAACUGAUCUCUGUAGACUCCAGCCUAACCAAUCGCUUUGGACCAUCAGACCUUCAAGCUGCCUCAGUAAAUUCAAGGCAAAACAGUGGCUUUGGACAUUUACAGGUUAUCUCUGUAGACCCAAACCAAUCCAGUGACUUUGGACCAUCAGAGCAACAGGUUCUUUCUGCCAACUCAAGCCAAACCAGUGGUUUUACACCAUUAGACUCUCUCCAAGUUAUAUCUGUAGACUCGGGCGAAACCAGGGGCUUUGGACCAUCAGAGCUUCAGGUUAUCUCUGUAGACUCAAGCCAGAGCAGUGGCAUUGAACAUUCAAACCCUCUACAGUCUUUCUCUUCAACUGCGUCUAGCACAAGCAUGUUGCUUACAUCGGUUACCAUGACUCAACUAAGAAUGCCAGUCGAGCAGCAUCUCGAUUCACCACCAAAUUGGCAACCACAAACCUCCUUGGUGACCCCACACCAAAGACAAAAGGUUCUGGCCAAAAGUCACAGUUUUCCAAAACCCCAUGAGCCAUCACAAACUCUGCCGGUUACCUCACUUGCAUCCAGCCCAAGCACUUUGCAUACACCGGAAACAGUGACUCAACAAAGAACGCCUAUCGAACAGAACCUUGGUUCACCACCGAAAAGGCAACCUCAGACCUCUGUGACAACCCAACACCAAAGACAAAGGGUUCUAUCCAAAAGUCACAGCUUUCCACAGCCAUCAGAGGCUCCAGGUGUUCUCCAUGUCCCAGUACAGAAUGAGGUGUAUGCCAGAGCUCAGGCUUUGGCCAGGAGCAGACUGGAUAAAGCAAAACAGCACCUGCAUGAACACAUACAGGAUGUCAUCACAGUGAUCAGCACCAGAGACAGAUCUAAAAAACAAGCCAAGAAAAAACAAGCAGUGUCACGUCUUCUCAGGCCUUCAGUGUUGGAGGCAUUUCUAGAAGCUGUGAAGGGAAUGGGUGAUUUCUGCUCCGAUGCCCAGCUCAGAGACAUGGACCUCUUCUCUCAGUCAGUCAGAGCCCAAUGGGAGGUAUGUGCCACAGCAGCUGAGCGUUAUGUGCAUCUGGAAGCCUUGAGAAAAAUUGCAGAGAGUCUGCAGCCCACAGAGAGUGUUCUUCUCCGCACCACCCAUCUGAGAACAGACACAGAGAGGGUGGAGAACAUUCAACGCCACACAGACUCCACAAGUGACUUGGCACCAUGCCAGGAUGGCAGGGGGGGAGCAGUUAAGGAUUGUGUCCUGCUGAGAAAGACUGCACUGGUGGAUGACCUGAGCCGCGUCCACUCACAGGCUGUUGUCCAGACCAACAUCGUGGAGAGAAAACAGAUACCAGAGAGGACCGUCAUCCAUCCCUGUUCGGCACAGGAACCUCAGAGCAGCUACAGUGCUGCACUGUCAGUCCUCCAGCAGCAACUGCUUAACAACAGUCAGCAACUGGAAUCAGAGUUUCCCAUCAGCAAUGCCAGUAUCUCUGCUGACUCACUGAGGACUCAACUCCAGAACAUACUGGCUCUUAAGGACCGGACGGAGGCUCUGUGGCGUGAGUUUGAGCUUCAGUGUUCCCAAAGCUCUCAGCACAUGGAAGAUGGCUGUAACAAGGAGCAGGAGAGAGCUCAGCUCAUUCAACAGUGGAGGGAGCAACAGAUGUGCAUUCAGGCCAGGGUAAAGUCCCUUGAAACUGCGGUGGAGCUGCUGGAGUCAGCGAACAUUCAGAUUGGACUGAUUUCUGAUCAGAUCAAACAGAUCAGUCAGAAACCUCUAAAUAUCAGAAACGUUGCCAUUGCUGAUCCCAAAAAUCUACAUGAAGAAUUAAAGCGUCUAGAUAAAAGUAUCGAGAAAGAGCUGUUUCUGCUUAAUAAGAGUGGCGGUUCAGUUAGUGACGCUGCUGAUCUGAGUCACAUUGAGCUCCAAGCUCAUCUUCCCCUUCAGCAAACUCUCCACGACCUCACAAAAUGCUUAGACCAGCAAAGACAAUGUCUGAGAAAGAGUGAAUUGGCCCUGAUGGGCCUCGUGAACCUCUUAUCACAUCUCCAGCAGGUGAAUGCCGACCUCAAAGCAGCUCACAGCACAUCAAAUCGCAGUUUAGUCUCCAUCCGGCAAAGCCUUCAGCAGGCCAGGGAAGAAUCGGUUCAGAUAGACCUUAUGCUGGAUGAUGCUGGCAUGAGAAUAACUCUGGAUGACAAACCAGGCAGCUGUCAUGAGAUGGUGUCAGCUCUGACACUGCGUGCCGAAGAGGUCGAGACCAGACUGGCUGUAGGGCUGAAGCAAACUGACAGAGGAGGGAAAGGAAGAGCAGAGGGAGAACAGAGAGACCGAGUGUUCGGUAGGAAGAGGAUGGGCCUGCAGGUCGCCCUGAGGGAGGUGCUGACGGCACUCGAAAAACAUGGCCUGAAGGAGCCCACAGUUCCUGCACUACAGCACAGGUUACGCUUCUUGACAGACAUGGAGAGCAAACUGUUUGCACUACGCUCAGAGAUUCAGGAUCUGAGAAAUACUUGUGCACAGACAAGCACCUCAGAGACAGCCAUCAGCGAGCUGCAGACGCAAUGGGAAAACGCACAGAGAGCAGUCACAGAGAGUCGUGAACAGUGUGUCUGUCUGAGCGAACUACUGAAGAAGUUCCAGAGCUGCCGAAAUCGCUUAGGCAGCACUUUGCAGAAAGCAGAGCAGACUAUUGGUGAUCAGGCCUCCUAUAUGGGCAAAGACAACCUGCAGCUCCUGAUCAGUAAGGUGACCAGUAUAAAGUCAGAUCUCAGUGGUCUUGGGGACGGGGUGGAGGAGUUCAGAGCUGUGUGUCGUCAGCUGCAGUCUCUGAUGAGAAGGAUCCCAGAUUGUGCAGACGCUCCAUUUGAGAGUGAGGCUGACACCCUCAUGGACCGCUGGCUUGAUGUCAACGAGAAGGCAGACUGUCAUCUGGACAACCUUCAAGCUGGCUUUUCACUUUGGGAAAAACUCCUACUGUUGGCUGGAGAGGUGGAGGGCUGGAGCGCCCAAAAGCUGAUGACACUUGCUGAGUCACACCCCUUUCAGACAGAGCAGGAUGUGUCUGCCAUGCAGGAUGAGCUCAGGAUUCAAGAGGAGAACACUGAACAUUUCCAUCGCAGAUCUUCAGAGAUCCAGGAGCUGCUGCAGAGUCGCGAGUUCCCACUGGAGCUACAGGUGAUUGAGAGCCAGCUGAGGAAGAAGAUGGCAGAGGUGAAGGAGCUCUUUUCUGAGACCAGUGAUGUUUUUAGACAACUGGAAGCUGCCAAGGGGAAGGUGGCAUCUGAUAUCGCAGAUCACCUGUCCUCCAUUCAGACUAUCACAAAUGCACUGACUACAUCUGAGAGCCCACUGGUCCUCAAAACAAUCCAGGUCUUAUCGGCGCAGUUGCAAGCGGAGGCAGAGCAGGCAGAUGCAUUACUGCAGCAGAUAAGUCUUCUGGCAAGCAUUGCAGGUCUAGAAAACCUGCAGACGCUGGCUGAAGAUGGAGCUCACCUUCGAGAAAGCAUCUGCAUGGCCAGAGAGCUGGCCACAGAGAAGAGAGAGCAAGCAAUGAACCCAAACAGACCUGAAAAUCAAAUGGUCCAAGACCCUAAGCACAUCAAGCCCUUGACUGAAAAAACAGAAGAUACUGUGCCAGAGAUACAGUCUGAAUCUAAUGGUAAAACAGAGGAACAGUCAAAAGGAGGCAAGACACAGGAUGAGUUGAAGGACUUCAAAGAGCAGGCCUGCAGCUGGGCCGGUGAACUGCAUCUGAAGGGAGAUUUGCAGGUUUCUGAGGAUGUGAACAGAUGGGAGAAACUCACAGCAGUGCAGGAUGUGUGUGUUGAUCUUGGUGAGAGUAUGACUGAGGAGCUGAAGUGUGCAAUGUUAAUACAACAGAGCCACGAGAGUCUGGACUCUCCACAGGGUCGGAUAGAGGGCAGCUUUAAUGACUCAAAUACAUUAAAGGUUGCCGCUGACAGUGAAGUGGAUGACAUAAAUCGUAUGAAUGUAAAAUUCUUGCCCACAAAGGAAGUUAGUGAAACAGAAGAUCUAUCACCUUGCUCAGAACAACAAGCAACCGAAGAUCUUGGGAACCUUCCAUCAGGCCACGACUCAAAUAAGCAGCUGUUCAUGUCUGGAUCUCAAGAGAUGGAUGGAACUGGAUCUGCAUUAAGAGAAGGUGACAGCAAAUCCACUCAUGGCUCAUCCUGUGAAUCAUUAAAGCCUGUCUUUACCAUAGUGCUGGACUCUGAUCUUACCAAACCCGACCAAAACCCACUAACACAAGCUGUCCCAGCUUCUUCAACUAAAUGGGAUACUGUUUCAGUUUUUCAUGAUAGGACCGCAGAGACAUCAGCGGAUGGCUUGAAACUCUUGGAAGUCAAACCAAAUGAUGAUUUAGCUGUGGAUGAAGAACAUGAUGCAAUAAGCUCUUCUGAUGAACCUCUACAUUUAUGUGCUGAUCUUUCAAAAUCAGAAAUGCAGUUUAAAGAAAACAGCCACACCGAUAAUAUUGAACCCACUCAUUCUGAUCUAGACCUUGAUUUCAGGCCUAAACCAGAGAAGGACUCAUCUACUCAAGCAUUUGACCCAAUACUUUCAUACCCAGAGAAGCAUCAAGGAAGCUCUGGAACUGCUAAGAAAGUAUUUACCAUCAUCCUGGAUGUUGAUACCCCUGCAUUAUCAUCAGACAGGUAUCAAUCACUGCAAGAGACACAGUGUACAAGUCCUGAAGACUCGACCACAGAUGAAUUCUCCCAUUCAGAUGUAAAAAAUCAACAUAGGAUCUCCUCUGGUACUGAGAAACCUGAAGGCCAAAUGGCUGAGCUAGAUUUAUCAGAAGAGUCCAAUGUGAAAUCAAGUAGCUCUGAAAUGCAGCCAAGACAGAAGGCAGCUAAGAUUAUCCAAGCCCAAACCUCUGAGGUCAUGGAGAUUGAUGUUCAAAAAGAUGAAAAAGAGAAGCAACAUGAAGUCACUGAUGCAGAAACAUCAAGUCAAAUGGAUGUCCACACUGGAGAAGGCAAUGAGUCAGGGUCUGUAGUUCACCAGCAGGAUGUCCCAGUGUUGGAGAGUCAUGAUGAGGAUGACAAAAACACCAUUGAAGAGGCUUCAAAUGAAGCAAAACCCCUUCAAAAGCCUCCAAAAGUUGCUAAAGGCAGGAACAAGAACAGAAAACCAGCUGGUGUAGAAAAAGCAAACAAUGUCAGUAAUAAAAAGCGGAACGCAUGUAAAUCUCAACAGAAGAACACAACUGACUCAGAAAGCCUUCAAACUUCUGAGGUCAGGUUGCCCGACACCACAGAUACUUCACUGACUGUGUCUUCGGACUUUAGUCAGCCAAACACUGCAAAGCCACUGAGCACACAAGACAAACUAACAGUGGACACUGUGCAGAAAGAGACCUUGAAUCAAAUGGAGACAGAGGAUGGACAUUUUGAAAAUGUUAGCAUCUCACUUGCCGGAGGUGCCCAUAUUAGUACCACAGAUAGUGUGGUUUUAGCAGCAGAGGGGUCUGUGCAGUCAACACAUACAGAGGACUCCGAAUUAACGGCAACAGAUUCUUCAUCUGUUGUGACAGCUGACUAUAUAACGCAAAUUCCUACCGCAGUCCUAUCAGAGUCACAACCCAGCCAUGCUGAAGCUCGGAGGACAGAGGAUUCAGAUGGCAGUUUCCCUUUGCAGUAUGAAGAAAUGCACAGAGUCAAUUCACAUCCAUCUGCCGGGAACAAAACGCCCCAAAACAGAGGAUCAGUACCAGACGGUGAGGAUAAAACGAGGCAUGUGGAGCAGCCUACUGGGACACAUGUGUGGGCCGUUUUACUGAACACCAUCACUAAUGUUCAGCCACUACUGAUGACCAGUCACGGUUCUGAGGAAUCUAGACCAAGGAAAGAUUCCUUGUUUCAGAAUUCAUUGCUCUUAGAGUCUGAGAGCAGUCUGGCAUGGACUGUCCUGUGGGUGUUCAGAUGUCGGUACCGACCGGCCCAACUCAGCAUUGCACAUAUGACUCAUCAGCUGGAAGAAGCUGAGAUCUGCCGGCAGUAUGUCUUGGAGCAGGUGGCUAGACUGCCUCAAAGUGAAUCUAGUGCAGGACGCUCUACAAAGCCUGAGCAGAUCAUAGAGGGCAGAUGGAACACAGUACUGAUGGAUACCUCAACUAUGGUGGAGUACAAAAAGACACAGCUUCAGCAGGUCACACAGUACCACCAGCAAAAACAGGCUCUCGCGGAUACUCUACACAACCUGGAGGCUGAGCUCAGCACACUGACACAGGAUUGCAUUGACAGCAGCACCUUGCAAGUGGAGAAGCUGAAUGCAUUCCUGAAGAACAUGCAGGAGAAGAGAGGCAUACUAGAGGAGCUCCUACAGACAUGCUCUCAGAUUUCAGCCCAUCUGCGUGAGACUGAGGGACCUGUGGCCUGCAUUGAACCUUUUAGGACUUUACAGGAGAGAUGGCAAACUAUGGAGCGGGUUGCUUCCAGCAGUCUGUGGUGUGCUAACAUCUGCACAGCAGAAGUAGCUGCACUCCUGCAAGAAGCCAGAGAGCUGCAAUACGAACUGGAGCUUCUGAAGAAGUCAGUUUCUCUUCCGCAUCCCUCUCAAGGACAGAUGGACUGUCAAAGUGCGCUACAAGAGAUUGUGAGAACUGCAGACCUGGCAGUGUUAACUGAGCGCUACUUGUACCUUCUUGAGGUCUCUCAGGCUCUUUCCUCAAGUCCGCUGGGAAAAAAAGAGCUCAGAGAUGUGGAGGACGCAAUGCAGGGCUUGAAUUCUCAGCUUGCUCUGACUGAGGAGAAGAUCAGCUCUCAGACUUCAAAUGGCAAUGGAUGCUCACCGAUCAUGAGGAUUAUCAGGGACUACGUUACAUGGGCUAAUCAAACAGAAAGCAAAGUCAGUAGGAGAAGGAGGUUGUCUCUGUUUCCUGAAGAAGCAAGUCACCAGGUCAAUCACAUGAAGAAACUGCAGUCUGAAACAUCUCUUAAGAGGUUUCAGUUGGCCUCUGUUUUGACAGAGCUAAGAGAGGAAGUUUCAGGACUCGAUGAGGAGGAUUCCAUAUCACCCACCCUCGAUUCCCUAGAGGAUUUGUACGUUAAGCUUACAGAGAAGACCGAAUGUGCUGUUGCAGAAAUGAACAGAAUGUUUCAUAUUAGAGAAAGACUGUGGAAACCGAUCACUGACAGCAGCUCUUGGUUGACCUCAGUAUUAGAAAAAGAGUCUGGUAAAACAGUGGCUUCUGAACCUAAAACUACUAUCCCAGAAUUGAGGGUUCAGCUUCAGCUAUGCACAGAGGCUUUGAAGGAUGCUGAGAGACAAGCAAAUAAUCUGGAGACUCUGUUAGAUGAAAUGAAAAAAGUGAAUCACGGUCUGAGUGUACCCGAAAGCUUUCAGCUUAUCAAUAGGCUAACAGCCUUACAAGAAGAGGUCUCUAGGGUUGUGAACCGUAAGUGGGCCUUGCACUGGGUGCUUGAAGAACUCCUUCAUGCUCAGGAAUCUUCUGCUGAGGAACAGAACAUCAUUCUGAAGAGCUUGAGACAGAUGAGUGCUGAUGUCAUGAGGCAGAAGUAUCCCAUAACAAGGGACUCGCUCUUGGCUCUUGAACCUGUUAAGCAUAUGCUGAUGGAGCUCCUCUGCAAAGUGUGGGAAAUUCCCCACUGCCCAGAUCCUCGGAGGAAAGAGAUGCUCAAUGCUGUACUAGACCUACAGAGGAGAAUACAUCCGCUGGAGUUGCAAGCCAAAGAGCAUGAGGAGUACCUCAUUUUAAGGCAGCACAUGGAGAACUCCAGAGAGGCGGUGAAGAAGAGCUUGUCGCAGAUUGUAGACUCAAGUGUAGGACGUGUAGCAAGUGGAGUUGACGCAAGGCUCGGCUUUUGUCAGACUGUCCUGGUGGAGCUGCCUUUGGUGAGAAUGACAUGUCAAGAAGCUGCUGACCACCUUGAGGCCAUUUCGAAAGAUCUCUAUCCAUCCCAGCUGACAACAGAAAGGCACAAAAUCCGUUUGGUCAUUGAGCAGCUAGCCUCUUGGGAGCUCACAGUAAAACAUGAGGCUGAAACCCUUGAGUGUUCUCUGGCAGAGCGACUCGGCAGUCCUACAGACCUCAGUACACUCACUGAGCUCUUCAACAGUGUCAGGCAGCAGCUGAAGGAGACCAUCUGCUUGGAGCCAGAUAAUAAGACCAUUGAUACACAGCUACGAAAGCACUGGAUGCUAAUCCAGACCGUUGAGUCUGUUCUACGAAUGUUGGAGCACUACAGGAAAGAAGUAGAUGUUGAAAGCUACCAGAUGACCAUUAAUCUCGGCCAGAGAACUCUUAAUGAUUGUGGUAUGCAUAUGGACAAGCUGCUCCAAGCUCGGGAGGCACUGAAGCAUUACCACUGGGCUGUUCAGGGUGCAGAGAGCUUCUUUCAGCAGAUUGGAUCCAAUCUCAUGAUCCCCUCUGAUGGCUUCAAAGGCUACAAAGAGGAGCAUCGCUGUGUUCAACAGAUUUCCAGCACUCUGGUUGAGGGUUUCCAGGCCCGCUUGUCUGAAGUUGGUGCUUCUGUUCCCCAGCAGACAUGCCUCUCCAUCCCUCUAACCGAGCAGCUUCAUAUCGAAGUUUUGAGUCACCUUCUAGUACAAGAUGCCAAAUUAGAAGCUCAGGCUCAGCUCAGACUUGAGGCCUUACAGAGGUCCAUGAAAGAUCAAAUUGUGCACAUGAGUCACCAUGAAGAACUGAGUCAACUUCUCAAAAAUGUUGAUUCUCAAAUCUCAAAAUUUUUAAGUCAAAAACCAGCUGAUUCUGAAGCCUGCCAAGAUCAACUGCUGAAAGUAAAGGUGCUCCAGACAGAGCUGAAGAACCUCUCUAAAAAGCUGGAGGAACUGAGGGAAAGCUGCCCAGGUCUUCGCUGCAAAGCACCCGUGGAUCUGAUGCUGGGACAACUGUGGAGGUCUUGGGCAGUGCUGCAGUGCAGAGUGGAAUCUCUCAAAGCUAGCAUGUCUCAUAAAGAAGCAGAGUGGAGAGACUUUGUGAUACGCCUGAAUAAAUCAAAGGAAGGUCUUGACAGACUGCAGAAUGAUCUCCCAGACUCGUCUACGGUGAUGGGAUCCCUGGUGGAUCUUCAGGGUGUUCUGAGCCUCACUGAGCGCCUUCAGGAUGGGACUGAGCAGGAGCAUCACACUUUAGUAUCUCUACAACACCAUGUGGCACGAUUGCUUGGGGUCUCAAAUUUGCAGCAGCUGAAAGUGUGUCCUCAAAUCUGUCAGGACUUGCAGUCUCUACAGGGUCACUGCAGAAGUCUAAGAGAUCAGAGCAAUAACAUCCGCCGGGAAGUGCUUUUUGAGAUACAGGAGUUGGGUCGUGUGCAGGAGGAGCUGAAUGCCAUUCAGCAGAAUGUUCUCUCUCUUUUAACGGCUUUACAGUCGGAGCCAGCUGCUCAACACUUACAGGAAGUCAAAGUGGAAUUGGUUUCACAGAAGGCUCGACUGCACGAUGUCAUGGACAGAGUGCAGAAGAAAUGGAGCUGUGUACCUGCAGAGAUUCAGAUCUUACACAAUGAGCUCAACGUCUCCAUGCAGGAGGCCAAAGACAAAUUGGUCAUGGUCAUGGAGAGAAGGGGUCCUCUCUGCAAAAUGGGUGAGCUGGUUGGAGAGGUGACGGUGGGCUUGAAUUGUGUGCAGGCCCUGCUGAAGCAAACAAGUCCUAAUUUUUCUGAGGCUGAACGUACACAAAAGCGCAUAUGGGAUGAGCUGGACCAGUGGCAUACUCGGAUAGCUGAGCUGGAGGCUGAGGUGCAGGAUCUGGCUGAGCAGAAGCCUGAGAGAGCACACAUUCUCAUGGACCAGCUCACGGAGCCUCUGCAGCACUACCAGACCACAGCCAAACAGGCCGAGCAAAGGACCGCCCUCAUCAGCAAAAUCCCUGCCUGUCUGCAGGACUAUGAGGGUUUACUCAAUAGCUCCAACUGCUGGUUGAGAGAGGCUCAGUCCUGGCUGGUCGCACCCAGAACCUACACCACUGCGAAAUGCAUCCACUGUCAUGCCAACUCCCUCAAGAUGAUGCUGGAUGAAUCGGAGGGAUACAGGGCAGCUCUGGAGGCCUUCCUGCCUGCUCUGCAGGAGAUCACUCCAGUGUGUGACACCACCCCUCAACAACAACAUCUCCAACUGUGUGUACAAAACAUCACACUCAUGCAGCAAAGCGUUCUGGACCCUCUCUCCCACCUUCAGCACCUAGCAGCUGAGAUGGAUGCCAUUGAAGCAGAGGUAAAGACAAUGGAGAAAAAUAUAACUAAGAUCAGAACAAUCCUUUCAGCCACUGACACAGAGAACAUUUUUCCUGAGGAACAUCUCGAGAACAUACAGGUCAUUCUGGAUAAUGUCCAGUCCAUGAAGAGGACCAUUGAUGAGAUUGAGAGCUGCAGGCCAGGCCUAGGGCUUCCUGCUGGGGCAGAGCAAACUCUCACAGCUUUCCAUCGGGCUCAAGAGCUCCUGCAGCCCAUCCAGGAGCUACAGCAGCUCAGUGUGGAGCGGAGCACAGCGUUGAGGGCCUCUAUUGGACAGCCAGCUGAAAUGAUUCUCCCUUCAGACCAAACCACAGAAUUCACGAUGCCACAUCUUUACACUGGAGAUGUGAGGGUCUCCAUGGAAGGCUCUUACAUGGAGGAGGAAGAUGAAGACAAUCAGUCUUCAUCCUCAGUAACUCUUACAAGCAGUGUUCCAGAGGACCCAAAUGAGACAAUAGAGGAGGAAGAUACUAAGUCAGGCACUGCCUCUGCUGUAAGAGAUUGUGUCACUAAGGAAUCAUCUCCUGAAGAAGUUGAUUUUCCUGCAAUCAAGUAUGUAAUUCAGGACGCUGACACAGGAAGUUGUUUACUGGAGCCUUCUGACUUCUCUGAAAUGCCUGGCAUAGUCAGCAGACCAGUUACUGAAGAAACAAGUUCCCCACCUGCACUAGCAUCCCAACAUUUGAAAGAAUUAACAAAUGAUAGUUGUCUGAAGCCUGACAGUGCAAAUAUAGCUGAGGAAAAGCAAAAUGAGUGCACUGAAGCAGUUCCAGCAAAGCCAGAAAUAUGCUCAGAAACCACCAUGUUAAAAGCAAGUGAUGCCAAUGAAUCUGUAGAUCAGAAUGAAGUAUCUGUAAACACAGAAACGGGUACAAGUGAUCAAGUGAAAACAACAAGCCCAAAGCCACGUGACACAGAGGCAAUAAAUGUUACUGAUGGUGAUCGGACCCAGACAGAGACUAAAUCCAUCGACGCCACAGCUCCUCUUAUGCUCUCCUCCCAGCAUACAGGAUGUGUGCCACAGGAAGAUACAACAUUGGAAAUACAGAGAGAUGUUAUUGAGGCCAUGGUUCACCAGAGCAGCAGCCAGUCUCAGGAUCACACAAUUCAGCACACAGCAACUAUCAGUGAUCUGUCACAGUCUGAAGGAGGAGGUGAAGAUCAACUGAGUUUAGUCCAACUUCUCACCUCAUGUCAGGAUGUCAGUUCUUUAGAGACGAGACAGCAUCUGUUAGAGAUUCCGGUGUCUGCGUUGAAUGCCUGUGAAUCACAGAUGGAAGACUCAACUAAACUCCUCAAGGACCUUUCAAGCAUCAAGAGUCUGCAAGGCGGCACAUGGACUUUGGCACUUGAGUGGCGGAGAUCGGCGGGACAGAAUAAUCUUGAGCUCCAGAGAUGUUCUGGAGCUCUUCUGAAGGGUCUGCGGGGUCUCCUGGAGCUGGGCUCUGAGCGGCUGCUGCGCAGUCAGAAUGCGCAGCCACAAAACUGCAGUCAGCUGCACAGUCUGCUCACAGAACACAAGAAAUACUUCCAAGAUUUGGGUCAGGACCUUGUAAUGGUCAAGCUGCUAUACCAGAAGCUGCCAGAGGGGUCACUGCAGGGCUAUGCAGAGGUGGAGCAGUUAAUAUCAGAUCUACAGGAUCAAGCACAAACUCAUGGUGUCCAAAUGCAGCACUGCUUAGAGGAGUGGUCUCGGUACGAGGAGGUCACUGAGAGACUGCAUAAGCAGUUGGAUGAGAUGGGGACAAACAUGUCCAGUCUGGAUUCAGAGCCAGAGGGAGACCUGCAGUCCUAUGAGAGAUUGCACAAGGUCCUGGAAGACACAAGGCCUCAGGUGUGGGAGGUCCAAGACCGACCCAGGAUCCUACAGAAAAAGGGUUGUUACCCUGAGCGGCCUGGCCAGACUGUCCCAAAAUCACAACUGUUGUUACGCUGGAUGGAGCUUCAUAAUCAAAUACAGCAGAAGAUACAGUCUACACAGAAGAUCAGAAAGAAUUAUGACAGGUUCCAGCGUGACUCAACAGAACUAAAAGAAUGGAUGCGUCAUGCUCAAGAACAGGUUCAGAAGUGGAACAGUUUCUCUGAUUCUGGUCUCUUGGACUCCAGAACAGUCUUUACCCAACUCAUGGAGUUCUUCAAGGAGCUGGAGGGCCGUUCAGCACAGAAAGCUUCUGCAGAACUUUCAGGUGCACAGAUACUGCAGCUGACUGACAGUGAAGCUCCAGGUCUACGCAGACGACUGGCUCAACUUGAGCAGGAAUGGACGAACUUGACUAACGUCCUGCCCACUCUCCACCAGACACAGCAACAACUGUUGACAAACCAGUCUCACAGUCAGAUCUUGGCCAGUUUGACCUCCUGGCUCAAAAAUGUAGAGGGACGACUGGAAGAUGAAAUCUCGGGGGUCCAUUGUGCCCCCGGUUCCUCUGAGCUGUCUAGACAUCUACAGGCUUUGAAGGAUCUUAAGGCUGAAAUAACCAGUCAUCAGCCGUACGUUGACUUUCUGAACCAUCAGUCUGUGGAGGGGGCGGGAUCAGUGAAUGAACCCACCAAUCGCAAUGAGCACAUCCUGUUUGCAGAGCAACUGGGAGCUCUCAAUCGGAGUUGGCUUAUUCUACAGGCCAAAAUUGACAGCAAGAUACAUGAUGUUGAGGACCAAUGGCAGGCCUGCACGAACAGAGAAAAGCGUUUGCGCUGUAUGCACAGCUGGAUCUCUCAAUGUAUUGAAUGGGUGAAAAACAGCUGGCGACCAGAGAGCUGCUCGCAUAUUGAGCAAACAUUACAGAAGUGUGAGGAGACAGAGGACAGGCUGCAGGUGAAGUCCUCUGAGCUGAAGGCUUUGGGAGCUCUUCACCUGUUUGGGCAGCAGGAUGGUGAACAUCCCGGAGAUCAAGCGUUCUCCAAGCAGGUGAAUUCAGCCAUCCAGGACUGCCAAGCUUUGAGUCAACAGAUAAAUGCUCUCAAGUCAGAUUUACAGCCAAUCAAAGAUGAAUGGGCUCACUUUGAAUCUAAAAUGAGUGCAGCAGAACUGCAAACAACCGGGGUGGUCUACAAGCUGGAGCUCUGCAGAGUUCCUGUGUUCUCAUCUGAGCAGAGCCGAAUUCAUGUGGAGCACCUGCAAGAGCUUGAAAGGGAGCUGAACCAAUCAGAGACCUGGACCCAGUUAACUGAGGUGUUCUCUAACUUGAAAGACAAACUCAACCCUUAUGCGUCUAAACUUUUGUCUGAUCGUCUCGAGAAGGAGACAACUCGACAUCAAGCAGUGACUGAAGAUGUGCAUGCAGAUUUACUAAACGCCCAGAAUGCAUUGCGGCUUUGGCUGGAAUACGAGCGCCUCACAGGAGAGUGCUGUGUUCAUCUAAAUCAGCACUGGGAGAGGCUUGGAGAGCUUAUGAGUUCUUCAGACAGAGAAGAAAACACUGUAGAGCUGCUCAACAGCAGGAUGCAGGGCAUCAGUGCUCUGGAGAAAGACAUGCCUGCCUUGCAAAGCAGUGUGGGAAAAGUCCUGGAGGCCUCAAAGCUUCUCACUGGACAUGUGAAACCCCAGUCAGCCCCUCUAAUCAAAUCAGAAACCAGGUUGCUGUCACGUGACCAUGUGAAUCUUGGCAAGGCACUUUCUGACAUUGGGGCACAAGUUCAGGAGGAGCUGGAGGAGCACCGCCGUUUCAGCACUGAGUUGAAGUCAAUGGAGCAAAAACGUAAAAACUUUGAGAGCGUUAUGAGCUCCUCCGCUGCAAGCAUGGAAAGACUAAAGAUGGUUCUGUUAGAUCUGAGUGGGCUGAACCCUAACCUUGCUGCUCUGAAUCAGACGAGUUUCAGACUCUCUUUAAGCUCUGCAGAGGAGGAGAGGUUACAGACCCUCAACACACAAUGGGUUCAGGUCUUCUCUCAGGCCACAGACCGACACAGGAAGAUGUAUGGAGAGCUGCUGCAUGCUCAGAACUUCCAGCAGAAGUGCCAGUGCUGGAUGGAGCUCCUGGACAAAAUCGAGGCUGGGUCAUCCAAUCAGACGUCUGGAAACUGUGCUGCUGUAAGAGAGCAGCUAGCUGCACAUCAGAGGCUGAAAGUGGAGGUCCUCAUCAGCCAGCAGCUACAGAAUGCCAUGGUCAGUGAGGCUUCACGCUUCUUGGAGAGCAGUCAGAAUGAGGAUAGGAGUCAUCUGAUCCUGAGACUCACCCAGCUAAAGGCACGAUGGCAGGGGACACAGCAGAGGGUCCAGCAGCAUGGCAAAAGUCUGGAAGGGCUGAUGGGACAGUGGCAACUCUAUGAGACCAGCUCGAGGAAACUUUCAAAGCUACUCAGACACAUAGAAGAACUUCUGCCACCAGCAGGACUGGCGCCAUGCAUCUUACAGCAACUCCAAUGCUCUAUAAAAGACUUUGAGUGGACAGAGGAGCAACUACAGCUUCAUGAAGAACUGUACAGGCAGACUGUGGCGGCAGGUGGACAGAUCCUUCCGCUAUCAGAUGUGCAGACACAGACACGCCUGCAGACUGAACUGGAUGCUCUCAAGGAGAUGUGGGAGCGAAGCUGUGGCCUUGUGGGGAAAAGAAAGGCUCUUGCAGACACCAUAACUCAUAACUGGAUGCUCUGUGAAACUGGCCUGGCUGAGAGUGCUCUCAAACUGGAAGAGAUAAAAGCAAGACUGAAGAGUCCACUGCCAGAGAAGCUAGAAGAUCUAAAAAUACACAUGCAGCUCAUCAAGGAGGACGAGGACUCAUUGCAGAUUUGGGCUGGAGGACUGAAAGAGCUGACCACCAUGAAGGCAGACGUGUCUCAGUACGUGCUGCCCACAGACACCGUGCUGCUCCAGGGACAGGUGGAAGAACUUCACAGCCAAUGGGAAGAACUGUGCUUGAAGGUGUCACUUCGCAAGCAGGAAAUAGCUGAUCGCCUGAACGCUUGGAUCAUCUUCAAUGAUAAAGACAAGGAGCUCUGUGAUUGGCUGACGCAGAUGGAGAAAAAAGUGGCACACGGGGGAGAAAAUCUUAGUAUUGAGCAAAUGGUGGAGAAACUUAAAAAGGACUGCAUGGAGGAGAUUAACCUCUUCAGCGAGAACAAGAGCCACCUCAAGCAGCUGGGCGAGCAGCUCCUAUUGGCCAGCGACAAGGCUAAGGAGGCAGAGAUCCACGGGGCCUUGCAAGAUAUCAACGACCGCUGGCAGCACCUGUUCGACCACAUUGAGGCCAGGGUGAAAAAGCUGACAGAAACGCUGGUGACAGUGCAGCAGUUGGAUAAGAACAUGAAUAACCUUCGCUCUUGGCUCACUCGCAUUGAAGCUGAGCUGGCCAAACCCAUUCACUACAGUAUCUGCCAUAGAGAUGAGAUCCAAAAAAGACUGGCUGAGCAACAGUACCUGCAGCGUGACAUCGAGCAGCACACCGAGAGAGUGGCGUCUGUGCUCACCCUGUGUGACGUGCUUCUGGGCGAUGAGGAUGCCUGCUGCAGCAGCGAUGGAGAGAAUGACUCCAUCCAGCAGACCACGCAGCGCUUGGACAAGCGCUGGAGAAAUAUCUGCUCCAUGUCUCUGGAGAGGAGGCUGAGGAUUGAGGAGACAUGGAGACUGUGGUGUAAGUUUCAGGAGGAUUACUCUUCCUUUGAGGACUGGCUGAACGUAGCAGAGCGCUCCGCUGCUGAACCCAAUUCAUCAGACGUCCUGUACACUGACGCCAAAGAGGAACUCCAGAAAUAUGAGGUUUUCCAAAGGCAGGUACAUGAGAGCCUGACCCAGCUGGAGAUUAUUAAUAACCAGUACAGACGACUGGCGCGGGAGAACCGCGCCGAUGCAGCCAGCAGACUCAGGGCCAUGGUGCAUCAUGUGAACCAGCGAUGGGACACGCUCCAGAGGAGAGUGGCUGCAAUCCUGCGCAGACUCAGACAUUUCACAAGCCAGAGAGAAGAGUUUGAGGGAACCCGUGAGAGCCUCCUUGUCUGGCUGACUGAGAUAGACCUCCAGCUGACCAAUGUGGAGAACUUCUCAGAGAGCCAUCUCCAAGACAAGAUGAAACAGCUGAAGAGUUUUAAGAAGGAGAUCACUCUGAACACCAAUAAGAUUGAUGCUCUGAUCGUGUUUGGGGAGGGUCUGAUUCAGAGGAGCUGUCCUCAAGACGCUGUUAAGAUAGAAGAUGAGUUAGAGGAACUGCACACGUACUGUCAAGAGGUGUUUGGCAGAGUGGCCCGAUUCCACCAGCGCCUCACCAGUCUCCGCCCGCAGCUGCAGGAGCAGAUGGACGUCUUUGGUGAUGAACAGUCCAGAGGGACACAGGGCACCCUCUCCUCCAGCCAGCCCUCCAUGUGCCUGUUAUCGCCACCUCAGGAGCGCCCGGGCCGUGAAACCCCCGUGAGUGGGGAUUCCAUCCCUCUGGAGUGGGACCACACCGGGGAUGUUGGCGGCUCUUCUUCACACGAUGAGGAAGAGGAUGCUGCCUUCUUCUCUGCCUUGUCAGAGGUCACAGAAAUCACAGAAUUCUCAUCUGAGGUGACAAAGAAGUCUUUGGAAGAGCCUUUAGCACAGAAUUGGCACUUUCAAAACACACCUGGAAGGAAAUCCUUCCAGCUGGACUCCUCCUCACCUACACAUGCCAGAACUCCUUUUAAACAAGGCUACGUCCAGCUGAUGUCUGAGUGCAGCGGCAGCAUUAAGAGUGUGAAGCGGGUUUCUAUGAUCCUGGAUGAUGAGGAAAAGCAGGAGGAACAAGGCCUCACUGGCCUCAACACUGCAGACAAACAGUCAGGAGUGAUUGAGCGCUGGGAGCUGCUGCAGGCUCAAGCAGUAAGUAAAGAGCAGUGCAGCUCCAGAGACCCCCAGCAGCUGACCUCUGGCCUGCACGACAUCACUUCCUGGCUGGAUCGUGUCACCCCUGAACUGGACAGACUGCAGAAGCCUGAGACUGCCGUCAGUGUCGAGAUCUUAGAAGAGAGGGUCAAACAACUUAAAGAAAUGCAGAAGACAUUUGCUCGCUACAAGACCAUGAUGCUGUCUCUGAACCUGGGUGGGCGAGAGCUGCAGCAGGGAGCUACAGAAGGAGCACCUGAGCUUCAGGAGGGUCUGCGCAGCAUGAAUGGCCGCUGGACAGAAGCUUGUGCGGGACUAGAGGGGUGGGAGGACAGUCUGCGCACUACCCUAGGACGCUGUCAGGAGUUCCACGAGAUGGUCCACUCUCAACUGCUAUACCUGGCCCAUGCAGAGAGCAGACGCUACACAGUGAACAUGAACGACCCUUCUGUGCAGCCCUCCAUGCUUCAGGAACACAGGAACACCCUGAAGGAUCUGGCAGAGGAGCUGCAGGGCAGACAGAAGCGAGUGAGCUCCCUGCAGGAGAUCGUCUCCGAGCUGCUCCCUGAGGCUGGUGGGGAGGACAGCGCUGAAGCCCGGGAAAAACUCCAUGUCAUUGGAAGCAAACUAAGACUACUGUCACGUCAAGUCAACCAGGAUCUCCAGACGAUUGAAGAGAGAUUGGAGUCCACAGGAGACAGGAAAUCCGCACAAUGCUCUCGGUCAAAGCGUGACCCAUCACCUCCGCGUUCGUUCUUCUAUCGGGUCCUGCGAGCAGCUUUCCCUCUGCAUCUCCUGUUCCUCCUGCUGUUGGUUCUGGCCUGCUUGGUCCCUCUUUCUGAAGACGACUACAGCUGCACCUUUUCCAACAAUUUUGCCCGCUCUUUCCACCCCAUGUUACGCUACACCAACGGUCCCCCUCCCACAUGAGUCUCUCAUCAACUGUUCUCACGUUCAAUCAACAGAGCUGUUUUCAUGACUCAAACAUGCGAAGCACCUCUCUUUUGGCCAAGCAAUAUUUUAACGGUUGUAUUUAUAUAAUUGAUUUUAUACUGUUUAUUCCCCUUUGAGAGCCAUACUAAGAAUUUUGUUGAUGUGAUCUAAUUAUUUCUUUUUUUGGUCACAAUGCUGUAAAGAAAAAUAUCAUUGUAUGAGCUUGAAUGAAAAUCACCGACAAUUUUUUGAAAUAUUUCUAGAUUUAAGCACAUCAUGCACUGAUUAAAGAUUGUAAGUUUGAAACUGGAAAAGAUAGACUCUUCAGCCACAAUUGACAUGAUGGAUGGCUGCUAUUUAUUUAGAGAUUAUGUGGUCUCGUUUUUAAAUUUUAUAUGGUUUGAAUUAACUGUUCACAUUUGCAAAGCCCAAAACAGAAAUCUAUUUAAAAAUGUCAAAUGCACAUGGAAACAUUUUAAUACACCCCUUUGCAAAUAACAAUCUUUUGCAUAUGCACUGCAAGGUAGAACACAAAGACGUGUGCAGAAAGUACAUUUCGAAAACAUUUCACAAAUUAAACUUUGUUCUGUGUUUAAAAAUAAACAGUCUACAACAAAUCUGUAUUACAGCUGGUCUUUAAUGCUUAGUUGCCAAAAAAUUGUAAAAUCAAUAUUAGCACUUCAUAUCAAAACAGUCACAAUUCAGAUGGCUGCCGGUAGAUACAAUAACAUUUAUAAAUACUUUGUGCGUUUAUUAAAAUUAAGUACUUGUAACAUCUAAUUUUUUGCUUCUAAUCUUUAAGAUACGUUUGGUUUUAUAUCAAUUAAUCCAUGGAUACUAUUUUGUUAUAACCGUCAUCUUAAACCAAAAUGUAUAGGGUACAGUGGGUACGGAAAGUAUUCAGACCCCCUUCAAUUUU